GGUUAUAGAUCCGGUACUCGUUACCUUUUCCAACGUGACUUUAAGAAGCAUGGUGCUAUUCCAUUAUCUACUUACUUAAAGACCUACAGAGUUGGUGAUAUCGUUGAUAUCAAGGCCAAUGGUUCUAUCCAAAAGGGUAUGCCACACAAGUACUACCAAGGUAAGACUGGUAUCGUUUAUAACGUCACCAAGUCUGCUGUUGGUGUUAUUAUCUACAAGGUUGUUGGUAACAGAUACCUCGAAAAGAGAAUUAACUUGAGAAUCGAACACAUUAAGCACUCCGCUUGUCGUCAAGAAUUCAUCAACAGAGUUAAAUCUAACGCUGCUUUAAAGAGAGAAGCCAAGGCCAACGGUGAACACGUCCACUUGAAGAGACAACCAGCUAAGCCAAGAGACGCUAGAGUUGUUACUACCAAGGAAAACGUUCCACAAACCUUAGCCCCAGUUCCUUACGAAACUUUCAUUUAA